AGUCAAUGUUUGGGGCAAAUGGCCAUGCUGUGUCACCUGUUUGGGCUCGAUCAUCUGGCAGUGCCAGCCGAUUGCGCAAGAGGCCAAUGAUGUAUUCAGUUAUCCCUUUGCUUUUUGAUAUACCUUCAACUGGGGUCUAAUGGUUGGCAGCCGCUUUUUCUGGUGUGCGCAUGGCGCGUUCGUGCUUGCUGGGAUGGCGCAGACGCUUCUUGCUUUUGAAUUUGAUCGCAUUGGGUUCGCCAGAAACUCCACUAACCUCAUCAAUGCCGUUGGUAAUCCACUCGGUCAAUUUCUCUUCCUUGCUUUUCACCGCGAAGCUUGGUCGGCUUGGGACCGAAGACUUCUUCUGUGUGCCAUGCCGAUCGUGAUUGGAGAGCUGGGUUGCAAUUUCUUCUCCCAAGUCGCGAUCCAGAAGUCUGGCAGCGGCAUGUACCAACUAGUAUACUCGUUUGUUGUGGUGCUGAACGCCUUGCUUGGGCACGCGCUGCUUGGCAAGAAACUGUCUUUAAACCGGUGGCUUGCGCUUGCAUGCAUCUGUGGCGCCAUUGCGUUGGCAUCUGUAUCGCAGCUACAUUUGGUUGGUGUGAACGUGGUCGUACAGUUAGAAGGAAUUGCUGCAGGUUUGAUCGCCACACUACUGGUGGCGGGGGUCUACGUAGCAGCCAAUGUGUUAUUGGAGAAACCUUGGGACAUCCGUGUAUCCAAGGCGCUGGUUCUGGCACAGAUGUUGGGAAUGAUGGAGGUGUCGAUUAUUGGAGUGUACUUUUUAUUGUACGUCAUGCCGAAUUGGGAUCAGCUGGUCGUUGCAAAUCUUCGACCUGACAUGUCGAUCAUCUCAUGCUUAGGUCUUUACGCUUUCUAUGUCCUUAUCUGUGGUGUGCACCAGUUCGCCUUCUAUUACACAUGUUCAAUUGGCCCUACUGGGGCAGUAAGUGCUGGCAUAAACAAGUGCGUGCAAACUGCAGGUCUCUUCUUCCUUUCCAGCUUGUUUUUCUGUGACUGUGCGGCCUCGCAGUGCUUGUCCAUUUUGAAAGUUGUUAGCGCGGUAGCUGUUUGUACAGCUGUGAUGGCAUACGCCUGGCUCACAGCAAGGGAAAGUCGCCCGACCGAAAUCGGCGACGAGAAUGAACUCGUGGCGUCUACAGAUUGAAGGAAGUGUGCCGCCAGCGACUGGGCACCUUGGAGAUGCUAUAACAGCAGUAGAUAACUCUUAGGACAAGGCAGAUGGUGUAAAGCUUGCGCCGGCCAGGUUUUUCGUAUUAUGCGUGUUGUAAGUCUGAUGGUGUGUCAAGGGGUUUGGCAACUCGCUAAGUUGCAAGUCCAUACGAUGUGUAUUUGAUCCCAUAACAGUGACUGGACUUGGCGGUUCGCAUUUCGGUGAUUCGCAUAUUGGUCGUUAUCAGGAUGCCCCAGCUGGCGGGUUCUCUUGUGGUGCGCGGCGGUAUGCGGCAUCACUGCCCCUCUUUAGCCCUAUCAGGGCGCCCAGAAAUAGAUUCGUUUUUCACAAGAGGUAGACCUUGGAGUCCAACAUCUAGC